UCCAGGAUCAUGUAUGGCAUAUGAGGCAGAGUGAGUUGUACUGCAGAGAUUUUGAAUCGCGUUUUUUUUUUGGUGUGAUAUCCUCCGAUGAAGAUCAUCUGAUCAGAUGCGCGAGAUCAUCCGACGUCCCAUGGACCAAUGAGAUGAAGUUGAGGAUGGAGAUGGAGGGAGGAUUCGAGAAUGAAGAAUAACGGGUGAGUUGAUUCCUCUUUCCCCUUAUUUCUUUUCUCACUUCAUUCUCCUCCAUCAUAUCCACAACUUCCAUUGCUCUUUCGCAUUCACAAACGUCGUAUCAUUUUGCUAUCAUGUCUCCCCUCCGCUCGAACACCAACCCAAGCCGCAUGGCCGUUGCCAUAUGUAGGACUUCUCGCAUUGUGAAUUCGCCAAGUCCACAACUCGUGGCAUCCGCGUCGACGGCAGAACCAGAGGAGGCAUUGCCGUUGGAGGAGGUGUCUCUCACACAGGUAGCGGAGAAAGAGUUGUCUCCGACUUUCCCUUUAGAUUUGACAGUAUGCCGCCGCGCAAAGCGUGCAUCAUCACCAGGGACGCAGUCCGUCGAGGGAAGUGCAGAGCAUUGGUCAGAGGAUGAGAAUGAGACGUACAAGGAUUACAAGAGUCGACUCGUCGCAGCUAAACUAGAAAUCGAGAGGCUUCGUACUGCCUUGAUGCAUGAGCAGGAUCGAAAUCCAUUCAUUGGACGUCUUUCUGCGCCGCAGUUUUGCAAGGAUAAAGGCACUCAGGUGGAUAGAGAGACAAAGGAGCAAGGGGCUCAAGUUGAAGUGGAGGAGGACGAUAACAGAAUGGAGCAACGUCCUCGUAAGCGGCGUAGAAUGGCCAGGACUACGAUAAUAAUCCAAAAUAUCCAAAAUAUUCAGACUUUCAACAUGUAAAGCUGAAUGGAAAUAAAGUAUUCUAGCC